AUGGAUACAAAGAUUUCGAGUUUGAAUGACCCGCCAAGACUUUUGUCUGGGCCACAACUUCUACAUGAUUUGAUCCGAUGGGAUGAAUACGAAAAUUCGUGUGCAAUUGACUUCACUAGUCACGACAGACGAGAGAGGUACCGUUAUCGAGAUAUACAAGCUUGUGUAACGUCUCUCGUUACACGAAUCCAAUCAACGAUCAAAGGUCAUCAAACAUCUCAACAGCAGCACAUCGUCCCAAUAUUACUACCACAAUGUCCUGGGUUAUACAUCUCUCAACUUGCAAUCUUACAGUCGGGAGGGGCCUUUUGCCCUAUCAACCUCGAUGCGCCGAGAGAUAGGAUACGAUUUGUUGUGGGCGACGUUUCUGCGAGCAUUAUAAUCACGACACCGGAGUUUCGAGACUCGGUUUCUUGGGAAAAUGGUCCCAGAGUUAUUGUCGUCGACGAGUUCCCCAUAAUUCCCACGGAACUAGAAGAAGCAAAUGAAUCACGUGAACCCACCAACAACGAUCUUGCAUAUGUUAUGUACACUUCUGGUUCAAGCGGAACCCCAAAAGGAGUUACAGUCAGUCACCUAGCUGCUUCACAGUCUCUUUUAGCUCACGAGAGUCUUAUUCCCAAUUUUGAACGAUUUCUCCAGUUUGCUGCACCAUCUUUCGAUGUCUCUGUAUUCGAGAUCUUCUUCCCUCUGACUAGAGGUCAAACAUUGGUUGGAUGUGAUCGUAGUCAGCUACUUAACGAUUUACCAGGCAUGAUCAACAAGUUAGAAAUUGAUGCUGCCGAACUUACUCCAACCGUUGUGGGUGCUUUAUUACAGAAAAGAGCCUAUGUUCCCAAGUUGAGAUUGCUGAUGACGAUUGGUGAGAUGAUGACGAGGCCAAUCGUGGAAGAAUUUGGUGGAUCUGAUACGAAAGAGAGCCUUCUUUAUGGAAUGUACGGACCGACUGAAGCAGCAAUUCAUUGCACGAUUCACCCCAAAAUGGAAGCAAGUGCUAAACCGGGCAACAUUGGAGUACCCUUUGAGACAGUAUCUGCGUUCAUAGCGGAAGCGGCCUCUGGGUCUGGAAAUGAGCAGGAUCUCGAAUUUCUCCCCCAGGGCGAGCUAGGAGAGCUUAUUUUGGGUGGCCCGCAACUAGCAAAUGGCUAUCUUAACAGGGAAGAGCAGAACAGAGCUGCUUUUGUGACAGUGGCAGACAAAAAAAUACUAUAG